AUGGCGUUCAGUGCACCAUUUUCAGCACCUCAAAUGGAUUGGGAAACCAACGACUCGAUCUUAGUGUUUGGCAAAUUCAAGCAAAAAUGUGAGCUCAUGAUGUUCAAAAGUAUACUCAAAGGUCUCGACAUCUACCACAGUUGGACAUUCGAAGACGGAAAAGAUCAAAAUAAGUUAUGAAGCGACGAAGCGUCAAAUGAAUUCAUUAUCAAAUCAAAAUAAGGAAAAUCCCCACCGAAUUGAACGCUGAUUAUAAAAACAAUAAUAAUAUUAUACAGUGUAGAAAUUGUGGCAAAACUCACAAACUACCAAAAAAAGGGAACUGUCAAAUUAAAUCACUGGAAUUAGUAUGCAAACUAGCAAAGAGCCAGCAUAGAUCAAAGUCGUUACACCAAAAAAAUAAAAAUCAAUUAAUAGUCUCGAGAAACAAAAUGAGAAUGACCCGUAUGCAGAUAUCACAACAAUUGGCACUAUUAAAAUAAAUAGUGUGGAAAAUCAUAGUAAUACUACUAGUGAAGAAAUAUUUACUACCCUACGUGUUAACCGUAAGAAUAAUGGAGAUAUAGAUCUAAACGCAAAGUAGAUACGGGUACUCAGAGCAAUGUAUUGCCCAUUCAUUUGUUUCGUGUUCUCUACCCUGAAUUAAUUAAUGCAGAAGGAAUGCCCAGGGACGAUGCUCUGCAAAUUAGUGAAGUUAUUUUAACUGCAUAAGGGGAUCUGAGAUUACCAAAUUUGGAAAAUACUAAUACCAUGCCAACGCAAAAAGGGAAAGCGUAUCUGUAUUUUUUAUGUAACUGAUGCAGUAGAUGCAGUUAUAUUGGGAAUAAAAGCGUGUAGAGCCCUUUGAAUUGGUUUCAGUUCAUUGUGCACUGGAAACAAAAUUUGUGCAAGGAAAAACGUCUUUCGAGAUGUUGCCCAGGGACCUAUUGAAGAGGAAGUAAAGCCCAGUAAGAGCGUCAGAUUUGCAGAUCAAGCAAAGAUAAUAAAUCAGCAGCGGAUCGGAAUCGGUCCAGAAGUUAAAUUAAACCUUCUGUGCCAAUCAGAAGCCGUCCUCGUAUAAAGGACAAAGAGCAUCUGAUUGAGAUGUACCCCGAAUGCACGUUAUAGAUUCCUUAGGAUGCCAUUUGGUCUUCAAAUGAGCAUAUUAAGAUGUUUUUCAAUUCAAGAUUGAUGAAACUUAUCGUAACUGUCUUGGUGCUACUGGGGUAGCAGACGAUAUCACAGUCCAUUGCCAAUAUGAAUCAAAUCAUGAUCUGCAUCUUCAUGAUGCAAUGGAACGUUCAAGAAUGGUUGGCAUCAAACUCAACCAAGAGAAGUGCAUACCAGAUCCAGAGAAGGUCAUGGCCAUACAGAGCAUGAAACCACCCAAAGAUAAGAAAGAACUUCACACGUUCCUUGGCAUGGUCAACUAUUUAGCGCCAUUUAUGCCCAAUUUGCCGAGUCACACGGCACCUUUGAGAGAGUUACUCUGGGAUAACGUAGAUUACCAAUGGUUUUUCUCUUAUACAAGAGCUUUUGACAUACUCAAGUGUCAAAUAAGCACAGAAACGACACUUUCAUAG